GCAGGAUGGGAGGAUGGGAGAAUGGGAGGAUGGUCGGGUGGUGGGAUGGCAGGAUAGGAGGAUGGCAGGAUGGCGGAAUGGCAAGAUCGGAGGAUGGUCGGGUGGAAGGAUGGCAGGACGGCAGGGUUGCAGGAUGCCAAGAUGGCACGACGGUAAGGUGGAGCGGUGAAGCUCAACCAUUGUAUGGCGGGGUGUCGUGUUGAAGCCCGACCAUUCGAUGGGAGGAUGGCAGGAUGGGAGGAUGGGAGGACGGGAGGAUGGGAGGAUGGGAGGAUGGUAAGGUGGUGGGAUGGCAGGAUGGGGGGAUGGCAGGAUAGCGGAAUGGCAAGAUCGGAGGAUGGUCGGGUGGCAGGAUGGCAGGAUGGCAGGGUUGCAGGAUGCCAGGAUGGCACGAUGGUCAAGUGGAGCAGGAUGGCAGGAUGGCAGGGUUGCAGGAUGCCAGGAUGGCACGACGGUCGGGUGGAGCCGAUGGCACGACGGUCGGGUGGAGCGGUGAAGCUCGACCAUCGUAUGGUGGGGUGUCGCGUUGAAGCCCGACCAUCGGAUGGGAGGAUGGCAGGAUGGGAGGAUGGGAGGAUGGGAGGAUGGGAGGAUGGGAGGAUGGGAGGAUGGGAGGAUGGGAGGAUGGUCGGGUGGUGGGAUGGCUGGAUGGUCGGCUGGCAGGAUGGCGGGACGGGCAGGAUGCCAGGACGGCACGACGGUCAGGUGGAGCGGUUAAGCUCGACCAUCGUAUGGUGGGGUGUCGCGUUGAAGUCCGACCAUCGGAUGGGAGGAUGGGAGGAUGGGAGGAUGGUCGGGUGGUGGGAUGGCAGGAUGGGAGAAUGGCAGGAUGGCGGAAUGGCAAGAUCGGAGGAUGGUCGGGCGACAGGAUGGCAGGAUGGCAGGGUUGCAGGAUGCCAGGAUGGCACAAUGGUCGGGUGGGGCGGUGAAGCUCGACCAUCGUAUGGUGGAGUGUCGCGUCGAAGCUCGACCAUCGGAUGGUGGGGUGUCACGUUGAAGCCCCGCCAUCGGAUAGUAGGGUGAUGGUCAGGCGCUCGGAUGGCAGGACGGUGGGGUGGUCGGAUGGCAGGACGGUCGGUUGGUCCGGAUCGGAGGAUGGCACGUCGGUCGGGUGGAGCGGUGAAGCUCGACCAUUGUACGGUGGGGUGUCGCGUUGAAGCCCGACCAUCGGAUGGGAGGAUGGCAGGAUGGGAGAAUGGGAGGAUGGGAGGAUGGGAGGAUGGUCGGGUGGUGGGAUGGCUGGAUGGGAGGAUGGCAAGAUGGCGGAAUGGCAAGAUCGAAGGACGGUCGGGCGGCAGGAUGGCAGGAUGGCAGGAUGGCGCGACGGUCGGAUGGAGCGGUGAAGCUCGGCCAUCGUAUGGUGGAGUGUCGCGUCGAAGCCCGACCAUCGGAUGGUGGGGUGUCGCGUUGAAGCCCCACCAUCGGAUAGUAGGGUGAUGGUCGGGCGCUCGGAUGGCAGGACGGUGGGGUGGUCGGAUGGCAGGAUGGUCGGUUGGUCCGGAUGGCAGGAUGGCACGACGGUCGGGUGGAGCGGUGAAGCUCGACCAUCGUAUGGUGGGUUGUCGCGUUGAAGCCCGACCAUCGGAUGGGAGGAUGGUGGGAUGGGAGGAUGGGAGGAUGGGAGGAUGGGAGGAUGGGAGGAUGGGAGGAUGGGAGGGUGGUGGGAUGGCAGGAUGGGAGGAUUGCAGGAUGGCGGGAUCGGAGGAUGGUCGGGGGGUAGGAUGGCAGGAUGGCAGGGUUGCAGGAUGGCAGGAUGGUCGCGUGUCGUGUCUGCGAUUGACCGUUAGGACAAAAAAGCGGAGGUUGCCGAACACGACAUCGCAUAGGAAGCCGACAACAAUCAUGGCAGGUGUGAACGGCCAUGAGAGGUACACGUAUGGCAUGGGAGCAGGGCCGAUGUUCGGUGAUGGGAACGAAGCCCCACCCCGGUUCGACCCCAGUCUUUAUGCCCAUCUGCUACCCCAUCACCAGCCGCUGCCUGAUGACGACACUUGGGCGCCCCCCUUUGCCACGUUGCCAUUAGCGUACGGAUCCACGCAGUCAAUGUCGGAGGGUGCACGGACAGUGAUGCGGGGUGCAGCCAGCGAAGGAGCGAUGGAAUCACUCCUGUAUUCUGACGGCCGACAUGGGAUGUGCCCGCCGUUGGAUCUUCAAUUAUCCUCUGGGGGCCAAAGAGCAGCCACGCACACUGUUCUCGUCGAUCACCCCAGCCAAUCCACCGGUGACCCAUCGGUUGGUGUGCAGGGUGGUCGCGGCAGUCGUAGCCAUGCGAGCCAUGCAGGACAGGCUACGACUGCGUACAGAGGCGGCUGUGGCCAGCAGUCGGAGUUUAGUCCAGCAGUCGGGGGUCCAUCAGGUGCGGUUGUGGGGGUGCAACGGACCGGGCGAUCAGAGAGCUUGCCAUCAACGACGCGCUGUGUGGAAAGAAUCAUUGCUCGGGUUUCGACGAUGCGGGCAACGAGUGACGGGGAGCGUGACACAGAAGGUGACGACUACGGAGAUGGUGCGGUCGAUGGAGACGACGUGGAUGACGUGGAAGGCGACAUAGAGGACGAGCCGUCCUUGCAACCCGGUGCUCGAAACACAGGAGGUGGAGCACGAACUGGGCCGGGAGGGGUAGAGGAAAGGGAAACGCGAAGGUGGUCGGUGCGGAUAGAGGAGGCGGGACAAGUGUCGGCCACACCUAUUGGAGUCUGGACGAGUCCCUUGUCCUAGUGCGGUGCAAGAGGGAUUACGACGAGGCGAUGGCAGCCGCAGGGUCUAAUUUUGCUAGAAUGAAAAACAAGGAAUGGA